AUGAUAUCCAGAAUGCUGCCAAAAGUGAUCGUAGUUGCUGGCACUACUGGCGUUGGGAAAUCACAGCUUGCUGUGCAACUGGCUGCCAAGUUCCAGGGCGAGAUAAUCAAUUCUGACUCACUUCAGGUGUACAAAGGCAUACCCACCAUAACCAAUAAGCACCCACUUGCAGAGCGACAUGGCAUUGCACAUCACCUGAUGGAUCAUGUUGAUUGGUCAGAGGAGUAUUAUCUUCACCGCUUUGAAGAGGAAUGUUUAAAAGCAAUUAACGAUCUGCAUUCUCGUGGUAAAGUACCGAUUAUUGUUGGCGGCACACACUACUAUUUACAGAUACUCUUCAAUAAGCGUAUCGUUGGGACCGAAAAAAUUAGCCAGCCAACUUCAGAACAACUUGAAAUACUAGAUUCGGAAAAUCCGCAGCUUGUUUACGAUCACCUUGUUAAGGUGGACCCUGAAAUCGCUCAAAGAUACCACCCAAAUGACACUCGGCGAGUCCGAAGAAUGUUAGAGAUUUACUACAAAACUGGUAAAAAGGCCAGUGCAGCCUUUGAUGCGCAGGAUCUUAAAUUGAGGUAUGAUACCCUCUUUUACUGGGUGUACAGUGAUGCAUCAGCGCUAAACAAGAGAUUAGAUGAUCGCGUCGAUUCCAUGAUAAAAGCCGAUGGCCUCAAUGAGAUUAAACAACUUUACGACUAUUAUACGCAAAAUAACUAUACCAAAUCGCAAUGUGAAAACGGAGUUUACCAAGUGAUAGGAUUCAAGGAGUUUUUACCGUGGCUGGAAAAUCAAAACAAUGUAACUCUGGAAGAUUGCGUAGAUCAGAUGAAAGUUAGGACUCGACAAUAUGCAAAAAAACAGGUAAAGUGGAUACGUAAAAUGUUAAUACCAGAUAUUAAAGGCCAGAUCUACAUUUUAAACGCAACAGAUCUGGAUAAGUGGGAUGAAAAUGUUGCAAGUCGGGCUUUUAGUAUAGCAGAUCAUUUUAUGAGGGGCCUGCCUAAUCUAGAAGACUUUGUACCCGCUGGGCUACAACACUUAAUAGAUAAUUCUACAAAAACUGUUGAAGUAAACAAUUACAGUCCGAAAAAAGUCAAUGAUUGGACCCGUUUUAAUUGCGGGAUUUGCCUAGACAAAAACAAUAACGGGUUAAUCUUAAUUGGUAAAGAAUCUUGGAAAAUCCAUCUAUCAAGUAGACGUCAUAAAGCAAAUCUUAAUAGGGGGAAGAAGAAAAAGCAAUAUGAAGAGUGGUUGAGUCGGCAACCGACGCAAAAAGAAGACAGUAAAGGGUAA